AUGUCUGCCUCUGUCGAUGACGGUGAUUCGUCCUCGGGGGCUGAAUUCGAGGUGUUCUUGAGUUUCAGAGGCCCCGACACCCGCCUCACCUUCACCGAUUCCCUCUAUCACACCCUAGUUAAAGCUGGGAUUCGUGUUUUCAGAGACAACGAAGAGAUCCGACAGGGCGAAAAGAUUGGAGACAAGCUUUUGCAUGCCAUCAAAUCCUCCAAAAUAUACGUGCCCAUCUUCUCUAAGAACUACGCAUCCAGCAGGUGGUGUCUUCGUGAGCUCACCCAAAUGGUGGAUUGCUGGAGCAAAGCGAAAGAUAAAAUGAUCCUACCUAUUUUCUUUGAUGUGGAUCCCGAGGAUGUGAAGCUCGAAACUAAAUUGUACCUCGAUGCUCUGGGGGAGCACGAGGAGAAGUUCGACCACGAGGUUCCGCAGUGGAAGAAGGCUCUGACCGAGGUCGCAAAAAUGAGAGGAUCGGACUUGAAGAACAAAGGCUAUGGUGAAAUCAUCAACGAUACCAUGGACGAGAUUAUGACCAAGCUAAUGAAAAGAAGGAUAAUUCUACCCGAAUAUUUAGUCGGGAUUCAUGAUCGAGUGGAAGCUAUAAUGGACUUGUUAAACAAAGGUUCUCGUGAUACCCGUUACCUAGUCAUCCAUGGAAUGGGCGGUAUCGGUAAGACAACUCUCGUAAGUGCCAUCUUUAAUCGAAUCUCCAAUCAAUUUGAAGGCUAUAGCUUCCUCUCGGAUGUUCGCGAAUCUGCACAGCGUGGUAGAAUUAUUGACUUGCAAAAGCAGUUGUUGUCAGAAAUUCUCCAAGGCCGAUCUCCAGAGAUCCACAAUUCCAUUGAUGUAGGGAUUAACAUAAUUAGAGAAAGGUUUCGUCAUAAGAAAGUCCUGCUUGUUAUUGAUGACGUGGAUAAAUGGGAUCAACUCUCUAAACUAGCGGGAAAGAGCGAUUGGUUCGGUCCAGGGAGCAAAAUCAUCAUUACAACGAGGACAUCAACUUUUUGCCAAUCAAAGAGGAGGAGGAGGAAGAGGGUAGUUUCCAAGCACAUUCUAAAGAAUUUGAAAUCUAUGACAUGA